GGGUUGCUACCUCCCUCCCACAGUGCCAGCAAGACCAUCAGAGUGACUGUGUCUCUCUCCUCCCUUUCAUUAUACCAGAUCUCAACUGUUCUACGCUACCUGCAUUUUCUGGUGUCUUGGCCAGCUGGUGUGGAGGCGGCCGUGACGGCUGCACCGCUAGCAACCCUGCACCACCUGCUGCACCGCCAGCUACCCUGCACUACCUGCUGCACAGCCAGCUACCCUGCACUACCUGCUGCACAGCCAGCUACACUGCACCACUUGUUGCACUGCUAAUUACUCUGUACCACCUGCUGCACCGCUAGUUACCCUGCACCACCUGCUGCAUCGCCAACUACUUUGAGCCACCUGCUGCACCGCCAGCUACCCUGCACUAUCGUCCUCUACUACCUCAAGUUACCCGAGAAAACAAUUUCUGACAAUGAAGCAGAAUGAAUAUAUUGCAUUUUUAAUGAGUUCGCUUGGACGAUAACUGCAGAGAGAAGACAAGUGUGUGAUAACCAUGACUGGACUGUAGUUGGUGUUCCAGUCCGUGUUAUGGUCAUCUGUGAUUGUCACCCUCAUUCAUUUUCCUUAAUAAAUGCAGUAAGUGAAGAAAAGGACCACAUGUCUGGCAUCUUGCAGCUAAGCUUGAAGACUUUGUUUCUAGACUUGUGCUCACUUUAUUAUAUCAGACUCAGUGGCCAGACUUGUCUGUGCUUUAUUAUAUAAGGCUCCCAACAUUAUCUUAUUGAAGUAAUCAGCUUUUUACCGAAAAUAAUGUAGUAACAUUGUGUGUGUGAGGAGGGUUAUCAGGCACAAGAUAACACAAGAACACUUGGUAAAGAGUAAGUGGCUACCGUGCGCCGGCAGGCGUCGAAGGCAGAAUUCCCUGACAACAACAGAAAAAUUUAGAACACAUUUAAUUUUUUUGCGAAGAAUAAAGUUUUGGGAAGUGUCAGUACUUGGUGAACAACUGUAAAAGUCCGCGCAGUUUACGUCUGCAGAGCAAUCUGUAUGCUUGGCCACUCACUGGUGGGUCUUGGAAGACCUGAAACACAGGUCUUGAUAAAUCUGAAAUACAAGUCAUGAAAGACUUGAAACACAGGUUCAGUUGAACAUUCACAGUAUUACGACUGUCAGCUUAACACUGUGGUUAUAUAGUUAACAUUCAACUUAAUACAGACAUCAAAAUCCAUUAAGAUGUAGCAACACUACUUUGAUUACAUAACACGUUAAUAAACCCAAAAAUAUUAAACUUCAAACUAAUUGUAGAGAGAAAUAGAAUAUUCAUGAAGAGCAGCGACAAAAGAAAUUACGUAAGACAAUAAAAGAAAGCUUGGUGGGUUGUCUCAGUUUACGACAAGUAGGAGGUACUUAACAUUAAUGCUCCAGAUAGACGGAUUUUAAAGAGAACCCUUGCACAUACCAGUGUUAAGAUAGUAGUAACAACAGAAAUUCCAAGUCCAGAUAAACAAUAGCGGUAAAUAAUAGAAACAAAGCUGUGUAUAGCUGGAGUAUAACCAAAACUUUGGUUCUUCAGCCUCGUUGAUAAUACUACACACGUCCAAGACACUUGUCUAAUGGUCAAGAUGUCUAGCAAGACAGUGGACUGGAGUCGCUUCGGUCUGGCGUCGGACACCGACCAGGUUUCAGAAACCACCCGACUGAAGGACCCGGCGCUAGAGGAAGGUUAUUAUGGAGGACAAGACGCUGAACUCUUCGCUGAGGAGAAGGGGGACGUGCCCUGGUGGAAGAGCACCUUCUUCGUCAGCGAGCGAGUGCUCUUCGGGACGUGGGACGGCGUCUUCACCUCCUGUCUCGUCAACCUGUUGGGUGUCAUUGUCUUCCUGAGGGCAGGCUGGGUCGUAGGGGAGGCGGGCGUCCCUUUGGCAGCUCUUGUUGUCCUCGUCUCAGUGGUGGUGGUGCUGACCUCAGUGGUGUCAGCUGUGGGUAUCUGCGAGAGGACGAGGAUGGAGAGUGGUGGUAUCUACUUCCUCAUCUCCCAUGUCUUGGGGUCACAGGUCGGAGGUUCGGUGGGACUUGUCUACUGCUUCGGUCAGACGGUGGGGAUCUCACUGUGUGUCACCGGCUUCGGGGAGUCAAUGGCAGAGUUGGUGUCAGUGCCGGGGAUGUGGGCGGAGAAAGCCAUGGGGUGUGGCGCUCUCCUGCUGCUGGCGCUCAUUAAUGUGGCCGGAGUGAAGUGGGUGAUCAAGGUACAGUUCAUCCUGCUGCUCCUGGUGGUCCUGGCUGCCCUUGACUUCCUCUUCGGCAGCUUCCUCGACCACUCUGAUGUGACUGUUGCAGAGCCAGGAGUGACGGGUUGGUCUGCUGUGACGUGGACCAACAACACGUCCCCAGGGUACACGCAGGGCACCUCCUGGUUCACAGUACUGGGUGUCUUCUUUCCCAGUGUGACGGGCAUCAUGGCUGGAAUCAACAUGAGCGGUGACCUGCGAAACCCAGCCAGGGACAUUCCUGUUGGGACACUCUCCGCCCUAGGCCUAAGUACUGUUCUUUACUUGGUGUUUGUGGUAGUGUUGGGUGCUACUGUGGAAAGGAAAGUGCUGCUCAAUGAUUAUAUGAUCACGGAGAAAGUGUCAGCUCUAGGUGGGUUGCUGGUGGCUGGUCUAUAUACCACAACACUGUCUUCAACACUUGCCUCCCUCUAUGGAUCUCCUCGAGUACUUCAGUCUAUUGCUGCAGAAAAUGUCGUACCGAUUCUUUCUCCAUUAGCAAAAGGGAAAGGUCCCAACAAAGUUCCUGUACUGUCACUCGUGGUGACGGUAAUAGUGACAUUAAUCUUCCUGCUGGUGGGCAGAAUCAACACCCUGGCACCCAUCGUUACUAUGCCCUUCCUUGCUACUUAUGCAACAAUUGACUAUGCCUACUUCGCCCUUGCUAUGACAGCUGACAUGCAGAGAGCCCGUGAAGCAAGGUUCAGAGGUCAAACAUUUGGAACUCCAACCUUUGACUCCAGAGGUGCAGCUGGAACCACUGACCUCGACCAUCUCUUUCCUGAGAGAAUAACACACAAGAAAGUUAUUACGAAGACAGCAGCCAGCUCAGGAUCAUCAAGUCUGGUCUCAUCUCCAGAUGAUCACUCCAGCAUCAAGUCAGACACAGAUCACUCCACAAAAGAAGAAGAGAGCAUUGGUAGCAGCAUUAUUACAGGUGAAGGGGUUGUACAACCUACAGGGAGUAUUGGAGGUAUGAUGGGGAUCUCAAAUAAACCAUCACACUGGUACUCUUACCUUUGUAACCGAUGGAUCUCACUCGCGGGGGUUGGUGUGAAGGUGGCCAUGAUGGUGUGUGUACACUGGGCUUACGGUCUCAUCACAUUACUCACUACGUUACUCAUAUAUAUCUACAUAGGGCAAGCCGCACCAGGCGGCCAUCCUGGUAUAGCCAACGAGUUUGUCUUCCUCAGGUGGCUCAAGAACAGCUUCCUUACAUGCAUUGGGCAGCAGACAGCUGAGUAUGACCAAGUAGUGGUGACCCCACUACACCCAGGUGUUGAGGUCACUGCUAAUCAACUCACUGAAGAAAAUGAAGAUUUUGCAGCCAGGUCACGUUAUCACCAGUGUACCCCAGGACAAGCCCUUCCAGACCUACCUGAGCCCCGUUAGUGCGACUUGUAUUUAAAACUGCAACAUCACAAGAGAAAUUUAUGCAUAAGUUUUAAGGGACCUAAAGCAAAACAAAGUAAUGUAUAUUUUACUACAUGGUGCAGGCAGAAAGACCUCUUCAUAUAAAUUAUCAUAUUGUGACUGUUUGUAAGGAAUUGUUAAUUCAUAGGGCAGUGGAUGGCUUGAAAGGUAAAAGUUACACAUAUAAGCUAGAUAACUGUUAAAUAUAAAAAAUAUAUACAUGUAAUUAAAUGUGAUUAUUGUGAAAUGUCAGCAAAGGAAAACAUGCCAAAUACCUUAGGAAUACAUUUAUUUUUAUAUUAUGCUCAUGAAAAGUUCCUAGAAAGUCUUGCAUAUGAACUUAACUGGGACUGGGUAUAAAGAUUUUAUGCAGAAAGAAACAUAGUCCCAAUAAAAGCUUGUUCUGCAUCUUGUCUUUAUACUCAUACCUGUUGGCAUUGUGCCACUACAUCCAGUUUAACUGGAACUGAUACAAGUAUCAGUCGUGUACAUAACAAUAAUAAGUAAUGCCAGCCUUUGAUGUGUUUUAUGGCAUGUUCAUGAGAGAGAGACCUAAGAUCAGGAAACCUCUUAAUACAUCAGCCAGCUACACAAGUGACAAUUGCUACUUGUCUUAGAUUCAUUAGUAUUACUGCCUGUUUCAGGCUGGUAUUAUUUUAUCUCAGGUUGGCAUUAUCACCAGUGGCGUUGCUAGGGUUGGUGUUACCCAGGGCGGCAUCUUUGGCGUCACCUCCAUGAAAUCCAAGGGCGGGGGGAUGAGGGAAA